AUGGGUGAGGGAAGAAGCUGGAACACAGACUGGAGCAGUGGGAAGAAGCUGGAACACAGACUGGAGCAGAGGGAAGAAGCUGGAACACAGAGAGGAGCAGUGGGAAGAAGCUGGAACACAGAGAGGAACAGUGGGAAGAAGCUGGAACACAGAGAGGAGCAGUGGGAAGAAGCUGGAACACAGACAAGAGCAGAAGGAAGAAGCUGGAACACAGACUGGAGCAGAGGGAAGAAGCUAGAACACAGACAGGAGCAGAGGGAAGAAGCUGGAACACAGACAGGAGCAGAGGGAAGAAGCUGGAACACAGACAGGAGCAGUGGGAAGAAGCUGGAACACAGACUGGAGCAGAGGGAAGAAGCUGGAACACAGAGAGGAGCAGUGGGAAGAAGCUGGAACACAGACAGGAGCAGAAGGAAGAAGCUGGAACACAGACUGGAGCAGAGGGAAGAAGCUGGAACACAGACAGGAGCAGAGGGAAGAAGCUGGAACACAGACUGGAGCAGAAGGAAGAAGCUGGAACACAGACUGGAGCAGAAGGAAGAAGCUGAAACACAGACAGGAGCAGUGGGAAGAAGCUGGAACACAGACAGGAGCAGAAGGAAGAAGCUGGAACACAGACAGGAGCAGAGGGAAGAAGCUGGAACACUGACUGGAGCAGAGGGAAGAAGCUGGAACACAGACAGGAGCAGGAGGAAGAAGCUAGAACACAGACAGGAGCAGAGGGAAGAAGCUAGAACACAGACAGAAGCAGAGGGAAGAAGCUAG